AGGAUCCUGAAGUUAAAAAGGGAAAUGAAACAGAACAUUGACAAAAUGUUUUUCUAUAUAAAUAUUGAUGUAUUCAGUAAUGUUUUAGGUACUGCUUAGUAAUGAGAAUACAGCUUUAGGUAUGCAAACAGAUUUUUUUCAACCAUAUUUUUGAAGACUGUGAAAAGAAAAGUUGAAAUUAUAAUGAAUUGGCUGGUAGAAAUUAAGGUAAACAGACAAAUUGGAAUGUAGCCCCCACUCCUGCCCCCCAGCGUAAACUCUGGGAGACAGUGAUGUGUGUAAAUGAGGUUAUGGCAAGAUGCAAAGGAGAGACCUGAGGCUGGAGUCUGCUAUUCUUGCUCUGGCUCUGCCUAUCUAGUUGAGUGAUCGUAAGCCAGUCACCAAACUUCUCUGGGCCCCUUCUGCUUUUAUACAGUAGAUAUAUUACCUGUUCUCCCUGCCUUGGGACAUUGUGGUAAGCAUAAAAUCAGAUGAUAGAAUUUUGCAAAAUUAAAAGCACUAGACAAUUUUAUAGAGAUAUAAGAAUUAGGUUGGAUUGGUCAGUAUAGAAAAAUAAAUGUUGCUGAGGACAUUCCUUAAGAUCAUUCAGCUCCCUUUGCUCUAAAUCUGAAGUCUUUUGUGUCUUUGUGAUGGAAAAUAAUAGUUUUCCCCAUGUAGACCUAUUCAUUACAAAAGAGUUACCUUGAGGCGACAGUAAAUUCGUCAGUCCAAGGUCUUGGCAAAUUAAUACAUUUCUGAUUAACUGCUCUUCUAAGGAUUUGAUUGGUGUGACUAGAUUUACAUGGAUUUGACCAACUCUGGGUGACCUAGUAAAAUCCUAUUUCACAUGUAAUCUGAGAAACCUGUUAGUGACAGCAGCCUACGAGGUCCUUAGAAAACUUGGCCUGGAAGAGAACGCAUGAAAGAAAGAACCCCAAGAGGCUUUGUGUUCUGUGAAAAAGUAUUUCUAUACGAUUGCUCCAAUGACAGAGCUACCUGCACCCUUGUCCUACUUCCAGAAUGCACAGAUGUCCGAGGACAACCACCUGAGCAAUACUGUACGUAGCCAGAAUGACAGUAGAGAACGGCAGCGUCAUGAGCACAUUGAAAGGAGACGGCAUGGCAACCCUGAGCCAUUAUCUAAUGGACGACCCCAGGGUAACACACAGCAGGUGGUGGAACAAGAUGAAGAAGAAGAUGAGGAGCUGACAUUGAAAUAUGGUGCCAAACAUGUGAUCAUGCUGUUUGUUCCAGUGACUCUCUGCAUGGUGGUAGUUGUGGCUACCAUCAAAUCAGUCAGCUUUUAUACCCGCAAGGAUGGGCAGCUAAUCUAUACUCCAUUCACAGAAGACACCGAAACUGUGGGCCAAAGAGCCCUGCACUCGAUUCUGAAUGCCGCCAUCAUGAUCAGUGUCAUUGUUGUCAUGACUAUCCUCCUGGUGGUUCUGUACAAAUACAGGUGCUAUAAGGUUAUCCAUGCCUGGCUUAUUAUUUCAUCUCUACUGUUGCUGUUCUUUUUCUCAUUCAUUUAUUUGGGGGAAGUAUUUAAAACAUACAACAUUGCCAUGGACUACAUUACUGUUGCACUCCUGAUCUGGAAUUUUGGUGUGGUGGGGAUGAUUUCCAUCCACUGGAAAGGUCCACUUCGACUCCAGCAGGCAUAUCUCAUUAUGAUCAGUGCCCUCAUGGCCCUGGUAUUUAUCAAGUACCUUCCUGAAUGGACUGCGUGGCUCAUCUUGGCUGUGAUUUCAGUAUAUGAUUUAGUGGCUGUUUUGUGUCCAAAAGGUCCACUUCGUAUGCUGGUUGAAACAGCUCAAGAGAGAAACGAAACUCUCUUUCCAGCUCUUAUUUACUCCUCAACAAUGGUGUGGCUGGUGAAUAUGGCAGAAGGAGACCCGGAAGCCCAAAGGAGAGUAUCCAAAAGCUCAAAUUAUAAUGCACAAAGCACAGAAAAUGUGGCACAAAACUCUGUUGCAGCAAAUGAUGAUGGAGGCUUCAGUGAAGAAUGGGAAGCCCAGAGGGACAGCCAUCUGGGCCCUCAUCGUUCUACACCUGAAUCACGAGCUGCUGCACAGGAACUUUCCAGCAACAUCCAACCUAGUGAGGAUCCAGAGGAAAGGGGAGUAAAACUUGGACUGGGAGAUUUCAUUUUCUAUAGUGUUCUGGUUGGUAAAGCCUCAGCAACAGCGAGUGGAGACUGGAACACAACCAUAGCUUGUUUUGUAGCCAUAUUAAUUGGUUUGUGCCUUACAUUAUUGCUCCUCGCCAUUUUCAAGAAAGCAUUGCCGGCGCUUCCAAUCUCUAUCACCUUUGGGCUUGUUUUCUACUUUGCCACAGAUUAUCUUGUGCAGCCCUUUAUGGACCAAUUAGCAUUCCAUCAAUUUUAUAUUUAGCAUAGUUACAAUUGGAAUCUCAUGGAUUUUUCUCGUUUUGACUAUAAUAAAAUCUGGGGAGGACGAAGGUGAUUCUCCUGUGUCCACAUCUAACAAACUCAAGAUUCCCAGCUGGACUUUUUACAGCUUCCUUCCAAGUUUUCCUGGCCACCUGCAGUAUUGGGCACUGAAAGGCAGGUGUCUACAGAAAAUGGUUUUGAACAUACUUCAUCGUGGUAGACUGAGUCCCUCGGUGCAGAAACUGCCAGAUCUGAGGGACAGAAACAAGGGAAGAUGAUGGGCCAAGAAGUUGCUGUGCUCCUACCAGCAGUUUAACCCUUGGUCACAGGUAGAUUUUACCAACACUAUGGACUCUCAGGACUACCAUCACCAAGAGGUUACAUGAAGUGGUUUAAACCAAACAGGACUCUUCAUCUUAAACUACAUCUUGAAAAUCAGCCCAGUAAUCCUGUAUUAGUUGAAUUCUGGACCUUUUCAGGAGCUACAGUGAGGAGAGCAGGCACCAGAGCAAAAUGGAAAGAUGGAAAGGGGUUCAAACUCUCGUUUUCAGUUUUUGCUAUAGACUUGUCAUUUUCAAAUAAGAUUUUUGUUCUUCCUUGAGUUACAACAGAUGUGUAGGUUGAUUUUGACAAUUUAUGUUCUCAAGCACUGAAACUCCAUUGCCAUCUAUGGUUGCCAUUUUUCCCAAAGCUUAUUUGAGGUUGAUUUAUCCUCUGAGUCUCAACCUCAGGUUCCAAAUUCAGUAAUUUCUGGAAAUAAUCAUCCUUAGGUAAAUUCUAGAUUUUCCACCAAGUUCCUCAUUUUUAGACAUGCUUGUAAGUUCAUUUGACUCCAGAUGUCGCCUCUGUUCCCCAUCACUCCUUCACUCCCACCCACAAGCAUUUCUCUUAUACGGCGAAUAAGACAGCUCUGUUGUAGCAGAUGACCCAGUUAUUCCAUGAUUUUACUCUGUGUGUGAUGCAAAGAAUGUGUUAUGAAUCAGUGCUGUCAGCCUUGCUGUCAUAAUUUCUCCAAUAGCAAAUAAGAUGUGUGCCCAAAGACAGUAGAAUUAAAGAAGAGUAAAAUGGCUGGUGAAGCACUUUCUGUCCUGGCUCUUCUUUUUUAACUAUAACCAUUGUCUCUGACAGUAGGUCAGAAUUAGAACUAAUAGCCAAAAGCUGGUGGUUUAUAAAGUUUAUGAAUCAGUCGUACCAGUACCAGUCGAACCAGUACAAAGCAAGAGUUUGGAGAAGCCAUUAUUUCCCUUGGCAAGCUGUGGGAGAACCUGGGGCCAGGAGGAGAAGCAGCAGCCAAAAGAAGGAAGAAGAGUCCUCCAGAGCCCCACAAUGGGUGUUUUGUGGUUUCUCAUGUACAUUACCCUUUGUCUCAAUGUACCUUUGUGUGAGAUGGCACAGUGGAGGUACAGGCUGAAGUUACAGUGGAGUUCAGGCUCUGUACUGUUAGACAAAGCACAGAAACAGAGCUGUCGGCCUGUGUGCACAUGACACUUCUCAGUGAAGCCUGCCGGGGUGCAACCCUGCUUUUACUGCAGAGAACCCUUAGCUGUGGUGGUCAGACUGUUAGCUUCCUUCUGUGGCUGAAGAAAGGCCAGGUUCUCCUUCUUUUGCCUGCUGCUUUUUCUUCCUGCCCAUCAUAUGACCAAGUUUGGAGUAUCUCCUUGGAGCUUGGAAUAUUUGUUUUCUGUCGUGAGAUAUUUCUGAUAAGAAACUAAA